AUGGUUCCACGGUCUGCACCUCAGCCGCAACGCGGCUUGAUGGUAGCGGACGAAAAGCUCCAGUUUUGGCGCCGACAUGCUCUUACCCGCGCGCUGAGUGCGUGGAUUCGAGUUUGUUGCGACUUCAACAUUACUCAAGCGAGGCAGAGCCGACUGCUUGCCUUGCAGACUCAAGCACACGCUCGUGAAGCGGAACAACGAGCGAUCAGCGCGAAUCUGGAGCGGCACAAGGCUGAUAAAAAUGAAGACGCCACAGAGUUGCUGACACUGCUCGCCAGAUCUCGCGAGGCGCAGGAGCAGCGAUUUCAGCGACGACAACUGUAUGCCCAGCGACUUGCCAGUGCUAUCCAGCAACGCGAUCUUGCUCGAGCAUGUGUGGCUAAGCAGGACAGUGCUGUCAAGGUAUUGGAGACUGAGCUGCAAGAUGUCUCAAAUCAAUUGAAGAGGGCUCGGCAGGCUGAAGACGACUGCGCACAGUACGCGCGCGACCUGCAUGUACUCAAGCGACAGAUCGAGAACGCCUCUGUCAAGGUCAAUGCUGCUCGGUUUGACCAGCGCCAGCAAGCCUCUCAAGUGGAGACUCAAGAGCAGGAGCCACAGUCGAGCUUGUCACAGCGCAGCAUUCUACCGACACCUAUUAUGAAGACGCCCCGAGCGCGAGAUUACGCUGAUGAAAACAACUCUGUGCAACAAAGCCGACUUGGCAGCACACGACGUAGCGUCACGCUUGGACAGCAGUUUGUCUGUGGCGUGCCUGGCUGCAUGUGCGGCAUCCCACGCGACGUCUUCCUGCGUGUGGCCGGAGCACUGAACGACGAGUGA